CUGAACUAGGGGGAGGAGUGCCCCCUGUUGGCCUAUCAAGACUUCUGAAUUACAACUUUCUCAAGGAGGUGCUACUUUAGAAUAACAUGCUGCAAGGAAUGCACCCACCAGUACGCUAGGCGGUGCUAAACCUUGUACUUACAAAUCAAUGUAGAAGAAGACAAACAUCAUAUUCGAAAGAUGGCGGUGAUCAAGGAAAAAGAUGGGAGACCAGGGAAACAGCCAGGAAAGGAAUCUCAGCCUUUGAUUAUAGCCAAAACUCCAGCAGAGGAGCAACGCCUGAAAUUGGAGAGAUUGAUGAGAAACCCUGAUAAACCUGCUCCUAUCCCAGACCGACCGAAAGAAUGGAACCCCCGGGCUCCUCCGGAGUUUGUGCGGGAUGUGAUGGGCUCCAGUGCAGGAGCUGGCAGUGGAGAAUUCCAUGUGUACAGACACCUUCGCAGGCGAGAGUAUCAGAGACAGGACUUCCUGGACAAGAUGACUGAGAAGCAAAAGAUGGAUUUGGACUAUCUUGACAAGGUGUCAGAUAACCAACAGGCAGCUGAUGUAAGAACAGCCAAACGCAGGAAGAAAAGGGAAAAGCUGAAGCAGAAGAAGCUUAUGGCAAAAAAAGCCAAGCAGGAUGCCAACAAAGAUUCUGAGAAGUCCUCCUCCAGCAGUGAAGAGGACGACCAGGAGAGGGAGGCUGAGGAUGAUGCAGAGGCGCCCAGUUUCGUCAUGGGGAAGAGAUGAAUGCAUGGCUCCGGGUCAUGAGACAUGCUCCAAGACGAAAUUGAACGGUGGGACAACAUCUAAUACCAGUUCAGAAGUCAACACGGCCAAGCAACACAGCCUAGCUUUGAUCAAUGUCAUGGAUUUGAGACAUUAUCUGAGCGAACCAAGGGAGAUAAGCCUCUGUUAGGUAACUGCUGUUCUUCCCAACUUGUGGUUGUAGUUAGAUUCUUUGAAUUGAGGAUGACAAAGCUGGGUUGUAUUCAUUAGGCACCAAAUGGUCUGUAACAGGGAGGGACUACCUGAACUUGAAAUAAGACUUGCUCGUUUUUGUUUUUCGUUGCAAAAACCUUUUGCUACAGUGUGCCCUGAUGAAUAUGAUUAUCAAGGUGUUAAUUUCAUGCAUGUCUCUACUUUGAAACUUGUGUGGUAGCGUCAUUUCUCACAUUUUAUUUUAUACUAUGCUUGUGUAUAUAUUUUCAUAAACAUCUGGGAAGAAU